GUGUGCAAAUUUUUUUCAUCCCCUCGGCCCAUUUUGAUCACAUUCUGCCCCUGCCGCCUUCUUCCUCUGCAUAUCCUUUCUUUUGUCUUUUCUCUGCAGUUUCAAUCAGACAUCGGGUGAUUUGUUAUGUUAUGUAUUUAAUUACGAUUUCGAUUACUUAGGAAAAUAAUUGGGUACUUGAUUACAAUUAUGAUUACUUGAAAAACUAAUUGAUUGCGAUUACAGAUUAUGGUUACCCCGUGUCUGGUUUUAAUCUUUUCAGUCUUCAAUCUUUUUUUUUUCUCAUAUUUUCCGUUUUGCUAUUAAUUUUUUUUUCCCGCACUUUUUUUUCAUUUUUCUUUCUUCCUUUUGCAUUUUCCCUUUUUCUCCGUCUUCAUCUUUUCCUUCCGCAGUUUCAGUCUUUUUCCUCCUCUUAUUUUUUUCCUGUUUCUUUUUCCAGCUUCUUCCUUUUCUCCUCUUCCUCUUUCUCUUAAUUUCCUUUCUUCUCCAUAUUUUUUCUACAUAUUCUUCCUUUGUUUUUUAUUUUAUUUUAUUUCUCUUCCUCUGUUUCUUCUCUCCGUUCUUUCUUGUAAGGGAGAAAAAUACUAUAGUUUCCCCGCCUUGCGUUUUCCUCUUGGAUCGGAAAAUGUACGUAGGAAAGGUGCGGAAAGGAAGGAAGGAAGGAAAGAAAGCUUGGAUAGGAAAAUAUAAAGAAAAAGUGUUUAAAGGAAAGAAAGGAAGAAAAUAAAAUGAAAGAAAGUGCAAAGAGAAAGAAAAAGAGGAGAAAAAUAUUGAAACUAGAAAGAAAAGAGAAGGAAAAGAUAGAAAGAGAAGGAAAAAAGAGGAAAGAAAAAGAUUGAGACUAGAAAGAAAAGAGAAGGAAAAGAUAGAAAGAGAAGGAAAAAAAGAGGAAAAAAAGAUUGAAACAAAGAAAGAAGGAAAAAAAGAGGAAAAAAAGAUUGAAACAAAGAAAGAGAAGGAAAAAAAGAGGAAAAAAAGAUUGAAACAGAAAGAAAGAGAAGGAAAAAAAGAGGAAAAAAAAUGAAACUAAGAAAGAAAAGAUAGAAAGAAAAAAGAAAAAAGUGAAAAUGCAAAAAAGAAGACAAAUAAAAAAUAAAAAAACAAAUAAAAAAAAUAAAAACAAGAAAAUCAGAAAAUGAGGACAAAGCAAGUAAGAAAAACACAAGUAAACAAAAACAUCAAAACAAGAUAAUAUUACCCAAGAAAAGAUACAUAGCAAGAUAAAAAGCAGAUAAACAAGGUCAAUUUCACCCUAGUUCACCUUGAGAUUAGGGUGAUAAGGGGAUAGGGGACAGGAAGGGAGGGAGGAGAGGGAGAGAGGGGAAGAGGAGGAGGAGGAGGAGGAGGAGGUGAGGAAGGAAUGGUAGGGAGGAGGGAGGAUUAAGAAGGAAGGGAGGAGAGGGAAAAGGAGAGAGCUGGGAAGAGGAGGAGGAGGAGGAAGGAAUGGUAGGGAGGGAGAGAAGAAUAGGGUGAGAAAGGGAGAGAAGAAAGGGAGGAUUAUGAAGGAAGGGAGGAGAGAGAGAGGAGGAGGAAGGGAGAGAAAAAAAGGGAAAGAAUAGGGAGGAGGGGGGGUUAAGAAGGAAGGGAGGAAAGGGAGAAGGAGAAGGAAGGAAUGGAAGGAAGGGAGAGGAAGAUAGAUGAAGAAGGGAUAGAGAAGGAUAGGGAUGAAGGACAGACAGCAAGGGAUAGGGAAGGAUAGGGCUAACCAGGAAGGGACAGGAGGGGGAGUCAGAUAGGGGAGACGUAAGGUAACGGAGAGGAACUGCAUUAUAUCUACAUUCUCAUCACACUGGUUUUAAAAAGGAGGAGUGAUGUAAUGGAAGGAGGAGGAGGAGGAGGAGGAGGGUACAAGUGGAAGAGGAAGAGGAGAGCGUGGCAGACAGGUUGAUCAGGUUGUCUUGAAACGCCCAAAACAACAAAAACAGGUGACACACUUUUGCUUCCUGGCCCACAAUAUCUUUUUCAUUUCUUUCUCCUUUGCAUUCCUCUAACACAAGAACAUGAAGGUUGGUAUCAUAAAACACUACUGCUUCUCACAUUAACAAUUUCUAAAGGUUACAGAGCGGGUCAGUCGAGUUCUAAUGAGUGUCUCCUCGGGAAGGGGAAGUAAGGAGAGGGAAAGGGAAGAGAGAGGGAGAGGGAAAGGAGAGGAACGGAGAGGGAAGAGGAAGGGAGGAAGGGGAAGUGAGGAAAGGGGAAGAAAAAGAGAGAGAAAGGGAAGGGAGAGUAACAGAGAGGGAAGAGGAAGGGAGGAAGGGAAGUGAGGAGAGGAGAAGAAAAAGAGAGAGAAAGGGAAGAGAGAGGGAGAGGAACGGAGAGGGAAGAGGAAGGGAGGAAGGGGAAGUGAGGAAAGGAGAAGAAAAAGAGAGAGAAAGGGAAGAGAGAAGGAGAGGAAGGGAAGAACAGAAAGGGAAAGGAGAGAAAGGAGAGGGAGGGAGAAGGGGAAAGGGGAAGGAGGAAGAAGUAAGGAGAUAGGCGUAUGUGUGUGUGUGUGUGUGUGUGUGUGGAUUAUGGGCUCAGCAAGGAAGGAGGAAUGUCACCGUAACACAACACCGAGGUCUGAGUGUGACGCCACGCUGGGUCUGACUUCCCUAGAGCCAGUUUUCUCGCGGCGGGCCUCGACUCCAGUUAGAAUUGCAUCCGUCUCCGCUGCCUCCACCUCCGUUACAUAAACACACAACCAGCGGAAGGGAAGUGGAGGACAGUUGGAAUAUAAGUGGACUGGAUUGAUCAGGGGGCUUUUGAGUUCCUGCUGUGUCUUAUGUGUAUGUAGUGAGCCUUGUGACUACCUUGUGAUGGGGGACACUUCAGGAUGGUGUUAUCCAUCCCCCUGAGUCCUGUGUCGUGUGGAUGAGUGCCGUGGGCUGUACAGAGGAUGAUGAACCAGCGAGUUGUGAGCUAUGAGGUGCAGGACGUGUUAGGGGUGCAGGGACGUGCGCCGAGCCUGGACCCCCUGCCUCGGCCCCUCUCCAGGCAGGGUGUGGCCAGCCCCUGCCUCGCCCCGGUCCUCAGAAGGGUGUACAGCGAGAGCAACUUCCAGCGAGGGUUUGUGGUGCAGCGCGAGGUGUCUGAGUGUGUGUCCUGCCAGCGACCCAGCCAGGAGUGUGCUGCGUGGUACCCCCUCAGCCCCACACCCCCCCCUGCCGCCCCCCCUGCCAGCACGCCACUCCUCUGCCAAGCCCUGUACCUCCCCCCCUCCUAUGUGCUCCUGAACGCCCCCUCGCCGGCCUCCCCGCCGCCCCGGCAGCCUCACAGCGUUGACUUUGUGUCCUCGGCCGCCACAAUGUUCACCAUGGCCGGCAGCCCCAGGGAGGGUGCCGGGCGCUGCGGCACACCCACACCAAUGGCCACACCCACGGCCUGCUGGUCCCCCGCACCCCACCUCCAGCCCCAACCCCAACCCCACACCAGCAGCUGUUCCUGCACCCGGGUCAGCCCCGUGCGCCCCGCCGUGUGCUACCCCUUCUCCCCGCCAAACCCCAGCCCAUGGCCCACCCCUCCCCCACGGCCUGAGCUCCCCGCCACCCCAUCCUCCCCACUCUACCGCCGCUCCUCAGACCCCCUCGCUGAAGGCUGGCCGGCCCUCCCCCAGCCCCCAUCCUCCCCCAAACUUCCCCAGCUCCGCACCAGGUCCUACUCCACCCACCUCCCCCCCAGGCCCAGCGACCUGGAGGGGGAGCUGCCCCAGCCCGGGGAAGACAUCCGACGCCAGCGCAAGCCCAGCAGCCCCUUGCUGUGUUACUCCAGCCCACAGCUGGGGAGGAGGGCCCAGGCCCCCUGUGGCUGGGUGGGGGAGGUGCCCCCCCAGAGGGUGUCCCCCACCCCCCCGCCCCACCAUCCGCGGCCCCUCAGUGCUGAGGUGUUCUGCCAGCACCCGCAGGAGGCAGCAGACACACACGGCCAUGGCAGGUGUGACUCACCUCAGUCCAUAGACUCGGCUGGCAGGCGGCGGCCAGAUACAUGGCCCUGCAAGGCCGUCCCCGGGCCAGUCCCCAUCAUACAGCUGCCCUCAUCCCCGGAGAGCCAGCGCUGCGCCUCCCUGGGCCACAGCAGUGACUCCCUGCGCUCCACAGACUCAACCACAGCCCGCCACAGGCUGCAGUUCCCCUUGUCGCCGGACAGCCUCAGACGCACUUCCCUUGGCCGCAGCAGCUGUGACUCGCUGCGCUCGGACUCCCCCGGCAUGCAGCGGCGGCCGUUCCCGGCAUCACCAGACAGCCUGAGGCACGCCUCCCUGGGCCGCAGCAGUGACUCGCCGCGCAGUGACUCCCCCACCACCCGGCGCCGCGACUCAGGCCAGCCAGACCCGGCGGGGCGGGGCCUCAGCGCGCCGGUGCCCAUCAUCCACCUCCACUCCUCCAGCAGCACCGGUGAGGACUCCCUCAGCAACACCUCCUCGCUGCCGUCCCUGCCCUCCAGCGUGUGCCUCUGCUCCGCCUGCCAGGACCAGGGCUCCCCACCCAGCCCACAGAAGUCCCCGCGCAAGAACUGGUCCCUCAGAAAGUUCCUCCUGGACCGCAUGUUGGCCUCCAGCCCCUACUCCAGCACCGGCUCGCGGGGCUCCAGCGCUGACAUGUACGGCCCGGCAGCAGCCUUGUCCUGCCCUCGGGGGGAUGCAAGGAUAUAGGAAUUUUAGCGUAGACUAUUGGAAUGUCCUCAACUUGGCUCUCUUUGUUUCCUUCUCAUGUAUUGGCCUUCUUCUUCCUCAUUCUUCUUCUUAUUAUUAUCAUUGUUAUUCUUGUUUUUAUUGUUAUUUUUCUUAUUAGUAUUGUCAUGGUUAAUGUGUGUACAGGUCAGUUUUUUUAACUUUUCACUCCUCCUCCUCCUCCUCCAUCAUCACCUCCCUCACCAUGU